AUGUCACUCUUAAAGGAUGCCAUGCCCCUCAUGAAGGAGACUCCACCCCCACCUCAGGUCCCAUUUCCCUGGAUCCUCCCGAGCCUGUUCGCUGCCCUCAAUGUUGUGUUGCUGGUCAUUUUCAGUGGUUACUUCUUCGCAUUCCCUUGCAGGUGGCUGGCUCAGAACGGCGAGUGGGCCUUUCCCAUCAUCACAGGCCCCCUCUUUAUCCUUACCUUCUUCAGUCUCGUUUCACUCAACUUCUCAGACCCUGGAAUCUUACAUCAAGGCUCUGUCGAGCAGGACCCCAUGAUGGUGUAUGUGGUGUGGGUAAACCACAGGGCCUUCCGCCUGCAGUGGUGUGAAAAGUGCUGCUUCCACCGCCCACCCCGGACCCACCACUGCCCCUGGUGCAACAUCUGCGUGGAGGACUUUGAUCACCACUGCAAGUGGGUCAAUAAUUGCAUCGGUCACCGCAACUUCCGCUUCUUCAUGCUGCUCGUCCUGUCCCUAUGCCUCUACUCUGGUGCCGUGCUGGUCACCUGCAUAAUCUUCCUGUUGCGCACGGCCCACCUGCCAUUCUCCAUGAACAAGGCCUCGGUCAUCCUGGUGGCUGGAAUCGCCGUAGGCUUCCUGGUGCCGCUCUUGCUGCUGCUGGUGAUCCAGGCCGUGUCAGUGAGCGCGGCCGAGCGCUCCCACGAGGGCAAGUGCACAUACCUUCAGAGAUACAACCCCUUCGACCAGGGCUGUGCCAACAACUGGUACUUAACAAUUUGUGCACCGCUGGGACCCAAGUACAUGUCUGAAGCUAUCUGGCUGCAGAGUAUGGUGGGACCUGAAUGGGUACCCAUGCCGAGCCUGCACUCCCCAACCUGCCCCUCCGCUCUCAGUCCCAGCCCUCCCUGGCCCCCAGCCCCAACCUCUGGGUGUCUACAAGCCAGGGAAGGGUCCCCCAGGGAGUGGUGA